CAGUAUUUGUCCGAAAUCUGAAGGAACCGCUUCCACCCACUUCACAGUAGUUUGCACCAAUAUUUAGGAAUCCACAUCCCCCUCUCUAAGUGCUAUGAUGGUAGAUUUGUCAGACUGUUCGUUAAUGUGUUUAAGCUCAAUGAAUGUAUAGAAUGCUGCCAAGUGAUAGUCAGAUGAUAUGUUUGUGUGCAUUUUAAUACUAGCUCUCCUCCCCCCUUAUCUAGUAAUGACAGACUCCUGGACAUGAUGUUUUACUAUUUUUCCUGGGAGUUACAGUAGUUUUUGGAGAAAUUCUUUCAGAGAAAGGUAAGACACUAGAAUCAUAGAAAUGGAUCAAAUGAUGACUGCACUGUGAAGGUGAGGCACUACCCCUUGCAAUUGUCUGCACCCUGCGUGAAUCGCCUUGUGCCAGGACUUUCCACACCUUGCUACCCAAAGACACCUGCACCGGCACUACUGUCUGCUAUCCAUGCCACAAAGCUGGGAAUAGUGCUGCAGGUGGAUGCUCAUAUUGCUAAUCGUUUUCCCCAGGAGGAUAAAAGCAAAAACAACAUGUAAACGGCUGAAUAGAACACACCAGAUGUCGAAUAAAAUAACAGUGAUGGUAAUGCUGCAAUAGGGUUUGUGCCUGGAUAUCUAUUGUAGUACACGUGUGUGGCAGCACCUGGGGCUGGACAGGUGAGGAUCCUGCAACAAAACACUCCUGUCUUUGCAUAGACGCGAUUUAUUAACUUAGAACCAGCAUUUCAAUAGCUCGUAUUAGAACUGAAAACAUUUUUCUUACGGAAGACUGAAGUCUGUAGAUGGAUGUUACAGUUUACUGGAAAUACAGCAUGAUGUGGAGAUAAGACUUGUUUCAGCACCCUGGACCUAAUCGGCGUCUACAGCUGUCAAUUUGAAAGCAGGUAGAUGUUUACAGCAUUUUCUUGUGUGCCUGGGGGGAAUCUGGAUUUUGAAUGAAGGAGAAUGAAUAAAAGAUAUCUGCAGAAGGCAACAAAAGGCACAUUUCUUAUAAUAAUAUUUAUUGGAACUCUAUGGGCAAAGUUGACAGUUGGGGCAAUUCAUCAAAAAGCUCAACAUGUUAGAACUGGAACAUGUGAAGUUGUGGCACUCCAUAGAUGCUGUAAUAAGAACAAGAUAGAAGAAAGGUCUCAAACAGUAAAGUGCUCGUGUUUCCCAGGACAAGUGGCAGGAACAACAAGAGCUAUUCCAUCUUGCGUAGAUGCAUCAAUAGUGGUACAGAAGUGGUGGUGUCAAAUGCAGCCAUGUCUUGAGGGAGAAGAAUGCAAAGUUCUUCCAGACCAAAAAGGAUGGAGUUGUGCCUCAGGGAAUAAAGUGAAAACAACAAAGGUGACGCGAUAACUGUAAGGAUAUUCAAAUUAGGAGGCUAACUGGAAGAUAAUGCUGAAGGGAAUCUAUAAACAUUUUAUGAUGCAAGCAUUUCUUAAGAAAAUGACUAUCAGAACUUGAGCUAAUUUGUUACAUAAAAGACAAUGAGAGCACAAUUACUACUGAAACCUGUCUGAAUAUAUGGGCCGUGUUGUGAGUGUUCAAACCGUUGACUGCAUGACUAGCUCAGUGUGGGAGCAAAGCAAGAAGUGGAAAACCUGCCCAUAUAUUAUUUCAAACUAAGCAAAUUUGCAAUCAGAAGCCCAAUCAACCCACAUUUUAUAAACUGUUCUCUAUUAAUGUAUUUGCUAUGAGACUGAAUAAGCCUAUCACAUUUUUUAAGCAUGUCACAAUUUUCACAGUUGUAUUUAAUUUCUAAUGUAGCCCCACAGUAAUCAAGGCCACUUCAAAAUAACAUGUUUAAACAUAUCCUCACAUAAUUACUGAUGAGAAAUCAGUACAUAAGCCAGUUCCCCAUGACUAGUUUUGUGCCAUUUACACAAAUACCUAUGAUGCAGCUGAGAUUUCACAAAAUAACUGGACACACUAUUGUAUAUACUGUAAGUAUAUAUGAUGUAAUUGUUUAAAAAAUUCCAGUCAUCAUAUUACAAAAAAGUGUCAACUUACCUAAACACAUGUAAAUGUUUCACUUAUUGUUUUUCAGAUUUGAAUUUUGUUACCAAAAAAUCUUGUUAGCAUUUCCGUAUGAUUAUCUGAGGGCAUUAAAUGUUUUCUAGUGCAUUGUGUUAAAGACAGUAUUUCUUCAUGUGGGAAAUUACAAGUGUGUGGAUGAUAGUAUCAAUGUAUCUUUAGUUUUUGUGUAAUUGUUUCAAUUUUAUUUUCAAAUCUCAAAUUUUAAACAAUAUUAUUUUGAUCUCUGCACUAACUUAUACUUUAUUUUCAACAAUUUUUCAGCAGUCCUCUGAAAUCACCAUUAUGCAUCAAAUACAUAAAGCCUUAAACAUUUCUGAAAAGAAAGUGAUGAUUUCUGCUGGUGUCAAACAUUUGGAGAUGGGAUUAUGAGAGAUAUUAUUUAGAGAGACUGUUUUAAACAUACAAAAUAAUAAUCUGUAAUAUUUGGAAUGCAGUAAAUGCCUAAAUAAGUAAUAGUUUGUACUAUAAACUAAAAGAAUAUUUGCGGGAAAAGUUUACUUGGAAGGACUAUUUUGUCAAUACAUUUAAAAAAAAUUAUUUUCUGAAAUGACAAGUUAAGAUGUAAUGCUAUUUGUACCAUUGGACUUAGGUUAAAUGAGAAUAUUUUGUAAACUAGAUUGUUGCUGUUAAAAAGAAAAACAAAACAAGAAAAACACAAGAUAUAAAUUGCACAGUGAAAAAUAGGACUGUUUCUAAUUUAUAAGUGUAAAGGUUGGUGAUAAGAUAAGGACAAAAUUAUACAGUAUCUGUACCAACACAUGCUCAGAGGGAGCAGCACCCAUUGCCUUGCCCUCGUCUACUAUAACUAGAGAACAACUAGAUGUCAGAUAAAAAUCUGUUAAAUUUUUAUAAUUCACAAACUAUCAGGCUAAUUUAUGAUGAAGUCAAGUCAAUUAAUCCUGCUUUCUUAUGCAGAGACUGAUUUGUUAUUUAAAAUUGUUUCAAAUAAAUGCAUCGUGUAUUUUUAGCCAUUAAUCUAGAUGAUCAUGAAAUGAGCAUUUCUAAACACAUGUAUUCUUAUAGUUUACAUUAGAAUUAGGAUUAAUGGUGUAGAAAAUAUAUUAGUUUUUCUGAAGUUUCCACAUGGUUAUAUGUUAUUUUGAGAGAGCUGGUGACUUUGGUAGGAUUUUUAAAAAAUAUAUAG